CGACCCCAUUUUGCACUCUAUCCAGUGCAUACUGUUAGUCACCUUCAUAGAAACCCUCAAAGUGGCUACAAUCUGCACAGUUCCGAACCGUAGAUAUGCAUUCCCCGGCCGGAUCUGAACGCCGGAGAACUUGUCCCAAAACCAAUAGCUAAGGAAAAAUCCCAGACAUCGCACCAAUAUAUCACAAUGUAAACUUCUACUGGUUUACAGUACUCCGGCAAGCCACACGGUGUAGCCUUCCUGUUUAAGCAGUAACACAAGCCUCCUUCCCUUUUUGGCGCGACGCGCUUCACAUUUUUCACCCACCCGAUCGACGCGCUCGCGCCGCUGUUGCUUUAAACGCGACUUUGCUCUUCCCACCCCCCAAUACCGCACUCUACACCAUCCAUCAAUACCAUGCCCGAAUUACCAGGGACGCCUGACAUGGCCUCCUCACGCGACGAUUCUUUGGUGCCUUCGUCGAGAUUCGAAACCCCAGAGUAUAACCUAUCCGAGUUCAAGGGCUACCAGGCGCGCUUCAACGAACGUGACCGCACGCAGAAGUACUUUGUAACGUCAGAGAACCAUAAGCUCGACGUGGACGAAACGGCAAAGCGGUUCGCGUACCUCCUCGGGCUCACGGGCUUGUUCUCGCACUUUAUCAAUGCAAAGGCCGCGAAGGACCCCGAGUUCCAGAAGGUACUCGACGUGCUCGAGGCUAAAAAGGGUACCAAGAGACGCAAGACUGAGAAAGAGGAAGAUGCCGAGUUGCUCCAGGACGAGAAGGAGGGGCAGACGAUUGUUGAGUUUACCGAAUCGCCCGGUUAUGUGGACGGUCAGUUGAGACCGUACCAGAUUGCGGGCUUGAACUGGUUGAUCUCGCUUCAUGAGAACAACUUGUCGGGAAUUCUUGCGGACGAGAUGGGCUUGGGAAAGACGUUGCAGACGAUUUCAUUCUUGGGAUACCUCAGAUACCUCAAGUGCGUGCCGGGGCCGCACUUGGUGCUUGUGCCAAAGUCCACAUUGGACAACUGGGCGAGGGAAUUUAAAAUGUGGACUCCAGAGGUGAGCGUAUUGAUCUUGCAAGGAGACAAGGACCAACGCCAGGCGAUCAUCCAGAACCAGAUGAUGAAGUGCGAGUUUGAUGUUGUUAUCACGUCGUACGAGGUGGUGAUUAUUGAGAAGGCUUCGUUUAAGAAGUUUGCCUGGGAAUACAUUGUGAUUGAUGAGGCGCACCGGAUUAAGAACGAGGAAUCACUUCUUUCGCAGAUUAUUCGGAUGUUUCAUUCAAAGAACCGGUUGCUUAUUACCGGGACACCGUUGCAGAAUAACUUACACGAAUUGUGGGCGUUGUUGAAUUUUAUCUUGCCAGACGUUUUUGCGGAUAGCGAAACGUUUGAUGAGUGGUUUCAGAAAGACGCUACCACCGAUGCUUCGAACGGUGAAGUCGUAAAAAAUGGCGAAUCCGUUAAGGCCAUUGAUGGAGAGGCUGGGAAGAGCUCGGGUCCCGCACAGGCCACAGACUCGUCUUCGAUUAUCCAACAGCUCCACAAGGUCCUCAAGCCGUUCCUCCUCAGAAGAAUCAAAUCUGACGUGGAAAAAUCGCUCCUCCCGAAGAAGGAGAUCAACCUCUACGUCGGGAUGAGCGAGAUGCAGCGCACUUGGUACCAGAAGAUCCUUGAGAAGGACCUUGACGCAGUGAAUAGCACCAACGGAAAAAAAGAAUCCAAGACCCGCCUCUUGAACAUCGUGAUGCAGUUGCGCAAGUGUUGCAACCACCCAUACCUCUUUGACGGGGCAGAGCCAGGCCCGCCGUAUACCACGGACGAACACCUUGUCUACAACGCGAACAAAACCAAGGUCUUGGACAAGUUGUUGAAGCGCUUGAGACAGGAUGGGUCCAGGGUCUUGAUCUUUUCGCAAAUGUCAAGAAUGUUGGAUAUCUUGGAGGACUACUGUAUCUUCCGAGGCUACAAGUAUUCGCGGAUCGACGGGCUGACGGACCACGCGGAUAGAGUCACCGCCAUCGAUGACUACAACGCGCCGGAUAGCGACAAGUUUGCGUUCUUGCUCACCACCAGAGCUGGUGGUUUGGGGAUCAAUUUGACAUCUGCUGACGUUGUUAUUUUGUACGACUCCGAUUGGAACCCCCAGGCGGACUUGCAGGCGAUGGACCGUGCUCACAGAAUCGGCCAGACAAAGCAGGUCAAGGUGUUUCGGUUUGUGACGGAAAACGCGGUGGAAGAGAAGGUCUUGGAGAGGGCGACCCAGAAGUUGCGCUUAGACCAGUUGGUUAUCCAGCAGGGCCGAAAUGCCGGCGAAUUGGCCAAAACCAAGGCUAACUCCAAGGAUGAGUUGUUGUCAAUGAUCCAGUUCGGUGCAGUAGACGUGUUCGGUCAAAGUGCUGGCGAGACGGACGAUGAUAUCGAGCGGAUUCUUGCAAAAUCCGAGACCAAAACCGCGACGUUGGCGUCAAAAUAUGCCACACUCGGUUUGGAUGACUUGCAGAACUUCUCCAACUCGGGGGAGUCGGUGUAUGAAUGGAACGGGCAGUCGUUCAAGAAGAAAGAGAUCACCGGGAUUGGAAACGUCGACUUCUCCUGGAACAACCCUGCGAAGCGCGAGCGGAAGGAAAACUACUCCAUCGAUCUGUACUACAAGGACAUCUUGAACACCGGCGGUCGUACGGCGGGGGUCAAGACCGGACCCAGACCGCCCAAGCAACUCAACGCCGCGGAUCACCAAUUCUACCCAGCGCAGCUCUUCGAACUACACGAGAUGGAGAAGAGUCACUUUAGAAAGGGCACGGGCUACGUGGUGCCAUUGGUGGACGGGCCAGUGUCCACGUUGGAGGAGCGUGAGCAAGAGCAACUCUUGGAGCAGCAGGAGAUCCGUGCGUCGCGGCCGUUGACGGAGGCAGAGGAGGCGUUGAAGGCGGAGUUGCUCGAGCAGGGCUUCGGGUAUUGGGCGCGCCGCGAGUUCCUCGUGUUUAUCCAGAUGUGUGCGCGCUAUGGACGCAACAAUAUUCACGCGAUUGCGAGCGAGUUAGAGGACAAGACCCCGGCGGAAGUUCAUGAGUAUGCCACUGUGUUCUGGAAGCGCUACAGAGAGAUUGACGGGCAUGAGAGGUUUAUUGCGCAGAUCGAGACCGGCGAGGAGAAGCUCCGCAAGUUAAAGUUGCAGAUGGAGUCGUUGAGACGGAAGGUGGCGCAAUACCCGGUGCCGUUGCAGGAUCUUGUGUUGCAGUUUCCGCCGUCAACGUCCGGCAGCAGAAGGGUCUAUUCAGACGAGGAAGACCGGUAUCUAUUGGUGCAGAUGUACCGCUUUGGGCUUGACAGACCGGACUUGUACGAGUUGCUUAGGGAUGCGAUCCGCGUGUCACCGUUGUUCCGGUUUGAUUUCUUCUUUCAGUCACGGACCCCAGCGGAGUUGAACAGACGGUGUCACACACUCUUGAUGUGUGUGGUGCGAGAAUUUGAGGGGAAAAUAUCGUUGAAGAGGGGGGAAAAGGGUGAGGCUGCCGCGAAACGGGUGAAGCGCAGUUAGUGCGCGAGCCUACUACCCGAGAGCUGGCUAAUAAAGCUCUCAGGUGGUGGGCACUAAACCUGAGAUCCGAAAUAUGAUGUAUAUUAAUGUAGAAUUACAAGCUUGA